CAGCCCAUUCCCCAUUUAGAAGCCAUUUUGGACACAGAUCAGUAACAUGCAUGUAAACCCCGACCGACCUCCCGAUGCAGCGGUGCUACUAUCCAACUGAAUAACCUCAAAAAAGAGCGCCGGGCUUUCGUCUCCGCUGGUUUUAAGGCGUCCCAUUCGGUUUGUGGAUCCACUUCAGAGGCGAAAUGCCGCACCUUGUACUGGACUAACAGUCUGCCAGUCAAUUAAUCGCUCCUCUCUUUUCUUGCAACAUUGUUGCAGCGACGCGGCUAUUGACACGCGCUGUGGUGGAGCUGCUGGUGGUGGUGGUGGUUAGGCUGCCGAGGGGACCGGAGGCCUGUGGUCGUUUUGAUCCUGGACUGAUGUUUUGGACAACCUGACUUUUAAUGUUCGCGACGGAAAGCGGGGGAAAUCUCUGUCCUGUAUUCGAAAACGGAACAUGUCUUUUUCAUGGCUGACUUGUUCACUUCUUCUGGGAACUUUGUGCGCAGGGUACAGUCUGGGCGAAGCGGAGACCCGGGAGUGUGUGUACUACAAUGAUAACUGGCGCACGGAGAGGACCAACCAGAGCGGCUUCGAGCGCUGCGAGGGGGAGAAGGACAAGCGGCUGCACUGUUACGCCUCCUGGCUCAACUCCUCAGGGACCAUCAAGCUGGUGAAGAAAGGCUGCUGGCUGGACGACUUCAACUGCUAUGACAGGCAAGAGUGUGUCUCUAUGGAGGAAAACCCUCAGGUCUUCUUCUGCUGCUGCGAGGGCAACUACUGCAAUGAACGGUUCACCCACCUUCCCGACAUGAUUGGCGCUGGCAACCGAGUGAAAAUCCGGCCUCCGCCCAGAGUGCCGUCCCUUCUCAACGUGCUGGUGUACUCGCUGCUGCCUCUCUGCGUGCUGUCCCUGGCCCUUGUUCUGGCCUUGUGGAUGUACCGCCACCGCAAACCUCCGUAUGGCCACGUAGACCUGAGCGAGGAUCCAGGCCCAGCUCCUCCUUCCCCCAUGGUGGGUCUGAAACCCCUGCAGCUGCUGGAAAUCAAAGCUAGGGGGCGCUUUGGUUGUGUUUGGAAAGCCCAGUUGAUGAGCGAAUAUGUUGCCGUAAAGAUUUUCCCCAUUCAGGAUAAACAGUCAUGGCAUAACGAGCGGGACAUUUUCAUCACUCCGGGGAUGCGACAUGAAAACCUCCUGCGUUACAUCGCUGCAGAAAAACACGGAAGCAACCUGGAGACGGAGCUGUGGCUGAUCACAGAGUUUCAUGAGAGGGGCUCAUUGACGGACCACCUGAAGGGUAACACUGUGACCUGGACUGACCUGUGUCUCAUAGCAGAGACCAUGUCCCGCGGCCUGGCCUACCUCCAUGAGGACAUUCCCAGCUACAAGGGAGAGGGUCCCAAACCCACCAUUGCACACAGGGACUUCAAGAGUAAGAAUGUGAUGCUACGAGAUGACUUGACUGCAAUCAUCGGAGACUUUGGGCUCGCUGUACGGUUUGAACCAGGAAAACCUCCAGGAGAUACUCAUGGACAGGUGGGCACGAGGCGCUACAUGGCUCCAGAGGUUCUGGAAGGAGCCAUCAACUUCCAGCGCGACUCCUUCCUGAGGAUAGACAUGUAUGCUAUGGGCUUGGUGCUGUGGGAGCUGGUGUCCCGCUGCGUAGAGACCGACGGUACAGUUGGCGAGUACAUGCUGCCGUUCGAGGAUGAAAUAGGCCAGCAUCCCACCCUGGAGGAUCUGCAGGAUGUGGUCGUGCACAAGAAGAUGCGUCCAGUCUUGAAGGACUGCUGGCUCAAACAUCCUGGCCUUAGCCAGAUGUGCGAGACCAUCGAAGAAUGCUGGGACCACGACGCAGAGGCGCGACUGUCCGCCGGCUGCGUGGAGGAGCGCAUCGGUCAGAUCUCCAGGACGAUCAGCAGCACUACCUCAGACGGCCCCGUCUCCAUAGUGACAUCUCUCACCAACGAGGACCUACCUCCCAAAGAGUCCAGCACCUGAACGGGGUGACACCACCAUGAGCUCCUGACUCUUUUUUUUUUUUUUUUUUCUCUUCCCCAAAUCCAAACUCAGCGGAUCUCCGUGAAUAUUUAAACGCGUAGAAACAACGACAACUAGCAACUUGAAUGCAGCUCAUAUUUAAUCCCAAUACUGGUAUUUUUUUCAGUUUUUUUUUUUUUUUUUACUAACACAUCCAUCUGCUGUAGUGUUAAAGUAGUAAUAAGUUAUUCCAUGGGCACAUCUGAUAACAGCCGUGUGUCAAAUCCUAAAUGUUCUCAUUACCUCAUGUAUUUCUUUUUGUGUUAGUCUGUUUUGAUUACCUCAUGAGUUUGUCGUUUUUGAUCUCUUUGGUCAUGAUCGUCUGCGGCCAAAUGAAAAGGAACAUUUUUCGCUCCAAACCUCAGACGACGUGCUGCACACCUCGGAGGAACCCGUUUUGAGACUGUUAGACAAAAUAUAUUCAUCUUCCUCAGGGGUCGAAGCUUCUCGAUUUAAACAAACAAAAAAAAAAAAAAAACUUCAAGUGUGCUCCCUUACUUUAAACCUGCGAAUGCCUCAGAAUGAAAACGUCUAGGUAAAAAGAAAGCGGAGCACUGCUGUUUGAACGCAAGAACAGGAGCUGAAGCGUGAGCUGAGCAGUUGUUAUCGGACGUUUCUGGACUUUUUUUUUUUUUUUUUCUUGAAGAUUUGGGACGUGCUUCUUGUCCCCGGGGGAACUACCUCUCAGGUAUCCAGUAGGCUUCUUUGGAACAUUUUCUCUAUGAUGAGAGCCAAGCUAUCCAGCUAGCUACCAUGGACAUAUUCCUGGAUUGUUCUUUGUUUUUAAUUGUAGAAAAGCAGAGUUACUCCUUUUGCCAGUGCCAGGGGCAUUGACGGAUGCUGUCUGAAUUUGCAAUGUUACACAUUCUUGAUUUUUAACUAUCUGUGGUUGAGUGUGCGAGCGAGCGUGUGUGUGAAUGUUUGAAGACUGAAUGAUGUGAGAUGGAUAAAAGAGUGUUUUUAAAUAAGAAUCAUGGACAGAUAGUGGGGGGGUUUUAUCCUUGCGAGGGCCAUACUUGAGUAAGCAACAUGUCUGUUUAUGUUUUUAUUUUAUUUUUUCAUGGGUUUGUUUUUUCAAUAGACUCAGUCGGACAUCAGUCCCAAGAUACCUCAGUCACCGUACGUCAUGCAAGGAGAGCUCAAAUGGUUGCCUUUGUCUCAAAUGCAAUGCCAUAGUUGUACCAUAACAUGAAAACCAUACAUUGAAUGUCCGUUAUGCUGCUGUGACUAUUCCAGGAUACUCAAGGAUUUGUAGAUGUACAUGUAUUCUUUGUUAAUAUAACGCUAAUGAUAUUAUGUGAGGCUAAUAUUCUGUUUCUUUUUUUCUUUUUUUUUGUGACUGGGUGAGCUCUCAGCUGCUCACUCCUCAAGACUGACCUCAGAUAUUCUGACAAGUACCUCAGGCUUUUUUCUACAUGUAUAUCAAGUUGUGUUAUAUAUUUUAUUGUGUUUUUAGUAGUUGAGAUAUUUUAUUGCCGGUUUUGGCCUCUUUUGUCUGUGGAGAUUUUUUUUUUUUUUAUAGAGCCUGACUUGCUGUCAUGGUGUUAAUGCUGUACAAACCUUAUAAAAAAAGAAGAAGAAGAGAGGCAGAUUCUUGUAAAUAGACGUGUACACACAGUUGCCGAUCACUGAUCUGAUUUUUAACUGUGCGAUAUCAGGGCGUCACUUUCCUCAUUUCACAGAAGCAGAAAGGGAUUUCUCAGUUCCACAUUUACAUAUUUAAAAAUAAUUUUAACAACAAGCCCUGGGACGAUUCUUUUUUAUAUUUGUGUAUAUAUAUAUACAUAAUUAUAUAUAUAUAUAUGAACCUUUUUUCUUCAGAUUUUUCAAGAAUGGUGGUCGUGUUACUGAUUUCUAUGAAUACUGGUGUCAGUUGCUCUGGAUCAGAAGCUGUGUAGGUAGCACUUGCAGUAGAAAUCUUAGUGUGUAUAUCAUUCAAAAACAAACAUUCAAAAAAAACAAAAAAAAAACUGACGGUUUUGGUGCUGGGCGGCUUCUGUGAUUGGCCACUUGCUGGAAAAUGCCAGUUUGAACAGUAUUACCUCAUUAUUAACCCGCUGAUGUGAUGUUCAGACUCGUUCAGUGAUAGUUUUUAGCCACGUUGGACACACACGCAGGCUCAUCUGCCGUGCUUCGAUUAGUGCUGUGGAGAGAUGGUGAUAUUUUUUAAGAGUAAUCUGUGACGCUUGCUGUGCAGUUUUUGGUGAAGAACGUGUGAUAGGGAGGGGGAGGGGGGCAAAUACAUCCAUGACUACAGAGCAAUGUUUUUAUUGUUUUGGGUUAUCGUCAGUGUGUCUCCAACCACACGAUUGAUUGAUGAUGCAGCCCCGUUCAUGCAAACAGUGGCAUGAGCGUGGCUUUAAGGUCCAGCAAUAUUUCUUAUACAGCAAUAUUCACUUGAAUAUCAUAAGUUUUCAGUCAUUAACCCAGCUGUGACUUAGCAGUUGUCUCUCUGCCGAUCAUCUCAUCACAUCUGGAUCAUGUUUGGACGAGUACACACAAUGUUAAAGCCCGUCGAUGGGAAAACAAAAAGAAAAAAACGCUUUAGGUUGUGUGCGGGCUGAACAUGACCCCGGUGCUUUCAUGUUUUGUGCCAGAAAAAAAAAUAAACGCAACAAUCUCGAAGGAAGUAUAAUCCGCCGCGAUCAGUUGUUGACCUCCAAAUGCUGUCUUACACCCAGCUCUUCUGAACGGAAAAAAAAAACCAGUUACCUCAUGCAGUACCUCUCGUUAGUGACACUAACAUGGAGUCAGUCUCAUCUUCACACAAAAAAACAGGAAAAAAAUAUCAACUAUUGUGUAUAUAUUUACUUGACAAAUGUAAAAGGUCUCUUCCUUUUCAUGUGAAUCCUGUGAAAGCAAAAUCCCCCCCUCUUGAUUUACAGUCAACAUAUUGUUCAUUUCUCGUGGUGUGACUGUUGGACUGAAUUGUGUGACCUUCCCUGUUCAUGUGAAUGUGUGCGUGCGGUCUGUUUGUUGGUUGGAUUUCACUAAAACAGUAUGAAUGAUAACUUUAUCUGUGAGUUGAAAUGCUUAGAAAUAUAAACUAGAUGAGAAUACAUCCAUCUUUUUGUAUAUUAAAAUAAAGACAAACACUGAUUAACCAUG